AGCGAGCACCGGUCUUCCGGCUAUUUCCGGCACAUUUUCUUUUGUCAACACUUAGCGACAAUGUGCGACCGGUGACUCAUUUAUUUACAAAGAUUUAAGGAGUGCGGUUCUCAAUGAAUAACCACUUAAAUAACGAAAACGCACAUUAUAUUUCGCGUGGAAGCAUAUAUUUCAUUAUACAUUUUUCAUUUUAUCAUAAUUUAUGCUGAAAACGAUCAGACGCAAGGAAGCGAGUGAAUCAGUCGUAAACCAGGCGGUUACAGCAAUUUGACAGAUCACGAAGGAAAAAGAACCGUUAUAGCUAUCCCACCGACCGGGAAGACCCCCAACUGCAAAGAGGGGUUAAGUAUUCAAAUCCCACAGGGAAAUUUUCUUUGGCGGCCGGAUCAUCCGAAAUUGCUCUAUACCUGACAAUACGCUAGAAGAAAAAGAAGAAGAAAAAAGUUUGGUUGCAAAUAAACACAGGAAACAGCCAUUCACAAGAAAAUAGGGUGAUAUAAAAGUGAAAUACAUUAAUAGAAAAAAGCUGGUUCACCAGGGAACCAUGGCAGAAUAUGGAUGGGGUCUUACAGAACAGCUGAUGAGGAAGGCCCAUAGAGAGCUGAACGAGAUAGCUGAGAGGAGACGACAAGACAUAGAGACUGUGAGAGAACAGAUCGAGUCCAAAACAGAUAUAAAUUUCCUCAGAACAGAUGAUGCAUUCAUUUUACGGUUCCUCAGAGCAAGAAAAUUUGACACAGAUGAGGCAUUCAAAUUACUGUGUAAAUACUUUGAAUAUCGCCAGAAAAAUACUCAACUAUUCCACAAGUUUUGUGCCUCAGAGAUGGGUAUAAAACAUGCACUUUUCGACAGUCUUCCAGGCGUGCUGCCUUACGCCGACCACAAUGGACGAAAAAUUUUGGUGCUAUUUGCUGCGCAUUGGGAUAAUUCUCGCUACAGUCUCUCGUCAAUUUAUCGUGCAAUAUUACUAACAUUGGAGAGGCUGAUAGAGGAGGAAGCCAAUCAGAUUAAUGGAUUUGUGAUUGUUGUUGAUUGGACAGAAUUCACAUUUAAACAGUCGACAUAUGUGAAUCCCAAGUUGCUCAAGUCUAUGGUGGAAGGUUUACAGGACUGCUUCCCAGCUAGGUUUGGUGGCGUCCAUUUCAUCAAUCAGCCCUGGUUUGUGGAGGCCAUUCUCAAAGUUGUGAAGCCGUUCCUCAAGGAAAAAACGAAAGGAAAGAUCCAUCUCCAUGGCAACAAUCUCGGCACCCUUCACAACUACAUCCACAAAGAGGUUCUCCCAGCUGAGCUGGGGGGACUCAUCCCUCCUUACAAUACAGAGUCCUGGGCCAAGGAGCUCAUUGGAGACGAGAUAUUCAGUUAUGGUGAAAGUCACAUCUUCUGGCCAACACAAGAGAUCCCUGACGGGAUCCCAAAAAGCAAUUCACAAACCAAGUUUCCAGACACAAACUUGACCACCAAAAUGGACACUCCAGACCGAAGAGAGCUGGACGAGGAGUUUUUCCUCAUAGAGUGACCAGGACAGUGUAGAAAUUCAACCUGCAGCUUUAUUGACAAGGAUAGAAAAUGAAGAGUAAAGGAGUGCCAUUCAAGAUGGAGGUUUAGAUUACACUUCAGCAUUAUACUAGUCAAGCCAUGAUUUUACGUUAUAAUACUACAUCUACUCGUAAAGGAACCAGCUGGUGAGAGGCAUAGGGGCCAGUUGAAUCCACCCCCUCCCCUCCCCACCCCCUGAACCAACAUUUUUUAAGGAGAAGCAAAGAUUUUAGAGAUAUAACCAUGUAGAGCACUACUGUUGUGGUCAGUUAGUACAGUGGUAGCAGCCGAACUGACUGUUGACAAGUGCUUAUGAUUUAACUGAAAAAAAUCAUGUCCAAAAUAUAAAAAAAAACAGUGUCUGCUACACGUAUUGUUAUAAUCUACUUGAAGCCUAAAGGUCAUUGUUGAUCCCCUUACACUGAAUCAAGGAAACAUUUUCCCAACUUGCCUUGGUAGUGCUUAACUUUGUACUGUUGCAGUUACUGCUGCUUGCUGUGCUACAGAAAAAUAUUGAGAAAUCCUAAAUUUUUAGUGAUGUGUGAUGUGGAAUAUGUUGAUGCCAAGAAAAGAAUUGUGAGGAAAACUGAAAAAAAUGUGAACUGCACCUUUAUGCUGAAUGAAGAAAUGAGGAGAAAAAACUUAAAGAAGAAGCAAGAAUCACAUUUAGUUGGUUUUAGCCGCUUUAAAUUACACAUUCUGUAUUACACAUUCAGCAUGAGUUUGGGAAUUUAUGUUUUUAGCUUCAGAUUCCCAUCAAUAGACUGAGUCACAAUAUAAAAAGUAUUCAAGACAGUCCAUUUAACAUUAAAAAGGUGACUUUUAAGAAAAUAUAUAAUUCUUAGAAGUGGUGUCACAGUAAGGCAUAUGUAGGAUGCGGCAAAAAAGAAAACAUUUCCACUAUUUACAGUAUUUAUUGCCUGCCAUAAUGGACUCACUGCAAAAAAUAGUAAUAAUGAUGAGAUAGGUGUUACAAAAAAGAGACACAAAGGCAAUGAGACAAGUAUGUUUUUGCUUUUACAUUUAUUCCAAUAGAAAAGUUCCACAAGAAAAGUGAGAAUUUUCCAGACAAAGAAAAGACAGCUAUUGUCAUAAAAGCAAACAUACUCUGCAAACAAUGAUUUAAUUGACUCUGAUGUAAAUAGCUGCUCUUAAAAUGACAAUCAUGUCACCUUUAACAAAGUGUGUUCAGAAACUAUUGUUUCUCUAUAUCUAGUCUGAUGAAAUUGAUUCACUUAUUAAUUGAAAUUUCCAUCAAAAGGUGGAGCUGCUUUACAUAAGUGUUCAAGACAAUCUCAGUCAGGUCUAUAAGAAAUGUAAGAUGAGUGUUUGUUGGCUAUGAGCCUUAAUGAGCAUGCUCCCUUGCAGCCUCACAAGCCAUUAUAUUAAUACAAAUGUCCUAUUUUAAUUAUUUCAUUUUUUGUCAGUACAUUUGUGGUGCAUAAGUGUUUGAAGCUCAAAUGUGCUCUUUUGCUAAUUUUGGUGCUAUAUUUUCUGUGAUAGCCGAGCAUUGCUGACUUUACUUUUUAUACGCCACAAUACUCUUUUCAUUUACGCAGCAAAGAGUUUGACCAAAGCUGUGAGGCAUUUGCUUGGCUUUGAUAUAAUGUGAAUAUUUGGUAUUGACAAGGCAUUAUAGGAACUGUUUAAUCAUUUCAGCUACCUCUUUUAAAAAGUUUGUAUUUUUGUGCUUUGUGUAUAUGGUUUUAUAUUUUCAUUUAGGCAGCUCUUUUUUAAGCUGGUUUAGGAGAAUUUGUCUUAAAGCUAUUUUAUUAAGGAUAUUGGCAGCCAGGUUUUUUUCAGUUUCAUGUUUUUUUUUUCAACUCUAAAAACCAGAAUUGAAAUGUUCUGCCAUACCUGACUUUGUUUCUGCUUAGUGACAGAAUUUUUCUUGGGAAUUUUUAAAAUGUUUAUUUGAGUAAUAAUGCAAGUAUGUAUGUUUAGAUGCUUUAGGGAUGAUAGAAACAGAAUGUGUUUGCCUUUUAGGUACAUUUUUCUAAAGUUUUGUAAAAUAUAUUGCCUUAUUUUAUUAUCCAAGUCGAGUAUUGUGUAUAGACAUCUCAAAGCUGAAAUAUGUCUUCAUAAUUUUCGUAUUAUGCCAAAAAUGUUUUCAAGUCACAUGUAAUAACUUAAAGAUUUCAAUACGGUGGGGAAAAUAGGAAUACUGUAUUUGAAAAUUAUCAGAAGACUGUGUGUUAUGCAGGGUUAUCCAAAAGAUUGACAUGAAUAUUCGGAGAGGUUUUCUGAAUCUGUGUGUGUUAUGCGAUUUGUGGAUUUUUAGUUUGUGGCAUUUCUCAUAUAUUCAGAAGCCGUUUAUGUUGUUGCUUACUUUGCUCACUUUCAAUAAGGUUACCACAAGAAAAAACUCUUUGGUGUGACCAUUGCUUUUUACAAUUAUGUAUGAAGAACUGAAACUUUUGUUCAGCUGCUGUGGUUGAAGACAUUUGUGCAUUAAGGGUUCCUGUUUGCUCGAGUUGUCAUCAUAAGAUUAAUUUCAACACUGGAUUCAGAUUUAUAAAAUGUAAAAUAACUGCAGAUUAGGUGUAUGAAAUAUAAGUAGGAAUGUGAGUUUAAAGUGUUCCUGUAGGUGCUUAAAAUAUUGGGUUUUGUGAGUGGUAUGACAUGCGGAAUAUUUAAAAAAUAUAUAUAGUAAUAUAUAGUUGACAAGAAUGCUGUUGGUUCUUGAUAUAGUACCCGGUAUUUCAGUACAAGAUCGUCUUCAGUAUUUGCUGGUUUUUAGGGGGUGAGUUUUUCAAUAGUGUUAGCUUUUAAGUUGAAAUUAAGUUUUGGAAACUGUUACUUAGAACCACGCUAUGAAGCUGUAAACCAAUCCAUCCCCUGUUAAAGAACCAGAGAGAGUAAGAGAUUUAAGCAGAAAUAAAGGAAAAUAUGGUGUACAAUGAA